GGUGGAGUUUGUGAGUUGACAUGACAGGAGAAGUAUUGGGAUAAGUUUGGAGUAGGAACUAGGAAGCCCAGGUCAAGAGGGAAGACGACUCACUCCUCUUGAAUUUUCCUUUCAACAAACAUAAUAACAUUAAUUUAAUCCAAAGUCAGAAGUGUUGACCAUGAAAGCGAAAAUAUUGCGCAUUCAACCCAAGAGAAGGGAAAUUGGAAAAUAGAGGAAGCAAAGAAGCAGCGUAGGUGUUUCCUUCCCCGGGCACUUACCAAAACGCGAAACGCAUGACGACCAUCUCAAGAAUCAGCAAUGAGCACCGCUAACUCUAACAACCCUUCGCCCACCAUUCAGCAACGCAGGCUCACUCGCCAGAAUAGGCUUCGCUACCUCACCGAUGAAGACGCUGGUUUGCGUUCAACCAUUUCUCUACCCGCCUCUCCUCUUCCUUCCUUCAAAUCCGGUUCCUCUUCCGACCACUGGUCUUCCUCCGCCGUUCCUCAGCCGCUCCCGCUUCCCGAGUCCCCGUUGACCCGCCGCCACCUCGGAUCUCCCCCCUUCGAACAUCGUGCUUUCGCUUUUCCCAGGAGAUCCGUGGAUCACGAUGCCGUCAGAAGUCUAAGGUCUGCUAGCAAUUUGGGUAGACCUUCUUUUGAUCCGGCGCCUGCAAAUGCCAGAUAUGAUUUGAGAGUUAAUAUUCCUCCUGCAAGAGUGUUGGCAGGCAAUACUAGUUCAUGUAAGAAUCACAGAGAGCUCUCUCAUGAUAAUGACUCUGAAAACGUUUCAAACUUGAGAUUGCCUCUUGCGGCCAAGAGUGCCCCCAACAGCAUAUUCUCCAGUCCUGUUACUAGUCCACGUAGAUCCAGCAAUGUAGAUUUUUAUGAUCCUUCCAUCAUUUUUCCUCAAGAUUUUAAUGACAUUUUGAAAGUGUCACCACCGGCUAAAACUGCUCAGAGUCCAGAGCGGUCCCCUCUGCGCAGCCCGCGGAGCCACCUUAAUCCAGAGGGGUGUCAGAGUCAGCCACAUAAAUUUUGCUCCAGAGUGUGGCCUGAAAAUAAUCAUGUGGAUGCACAUCCACUGCCCCUUCCUCCUAGAGCUUCACCACAGCCGGCAAACUCAUCUCCGCAGCAUCAACCAAGUAUCCUGCAUCUCAACACAGAAAAUUCACCUUCAAUGAAAGGACAAUGGCAGAAAGGAAAACUUAUUGGACGUGGAUCAUAUGGAUCUGUUUAUCAUGCAACCAACCUAGAGACUGGAGCGUCGUGUGCGAUGAAAGAGGUUGAUCUGUUCCCUGAUGAUCCUAAGUCUGCUGACUGCAUAAAGCAACUAGAGCAGGAAAUCAGAAUUCUCCGUCAAUUACACCACCCCAACAUUGUGCAGUAUUAUGGAAGUGAAAUAGUUGGUGAUCGAUUGUACAUAUAUAUGGAGUAUGUUCAUCCUGGAUCACUUCAUAAGUUUAUGCAUGAACAUUGUGGAACUAUGACAGAAUCUGUGGUUCGCAAUUUCACACGACAUAUUCUCUCUGGAUUGGCAUACUUACACAGUACCAUGACUAUUCACAGGGAUAUCAAAGGUGCAAACUUGUUGGUGGAUGCAUCAGGCACUGUUAAGCUUGCGGAUUUCGGGGUGUCAAAAAUUCUGACAGAGAAAUCAUUUGAACUUUCAUUGAAGGGCAGUCCCUACUGGAUGGCUCCGGAGCUCAUGAAGGCUGCCAUAAAGAAAGAAUCCAGUCCCGACAUUGCCAUGGCCAUUGAUAUAUGGAGCUUAGGGUGCACUAUAAUCGAAAUGCUGACAGGAAAACCUCCUUGGAGCGAAUUUGAAGGGCCUCAAGCCAUGUUCAAGGUGCUGCACAAAUCUCCAAAUAUACCUGAAAAUUUGUCUUCAGAGGGACGGGAUUUCCUUCAGCAGUGUUUCAGAAGGAAUCCUGCAGAACGCCCGUCGGCAGCAGUGCUUCUUACACAUGCCUUUGUACAAAAUUUGCAUGAUCAAGAUAUUACAGUAAAUUCACAAGGGCAAAGCUGUCCCAGAGGAGACCCCGGACCAGGAGAUGAUUCACGUAGACAUAGUCCCGGUCACAGUUCAAAAAAUAGCCGUGGUAUAGUGCCAGCUUCCAUUCGCGCACGGAUUUUUAACAAAAUUCAUAAUUUAAUAGGUGACACUUCGAAAAAAUAUGAUUCCGAGGAAUCUAAUCAUGUCAGCUCUUCUCGUGACUCUCCUUGCUCGACGGCAGAAACAAACAGUCCUCAAUCUCCCUUGAAAUCUAGUACCAUCAAUUACAUGACUGUUACCAAUCCCAGCAACAUACCAUUCAGUGCCGUUGUGAAAAUCAUGAGGCACAUUUGAAACAUAUCACAGCAAAGAUUUCGCUCAGAAGGGUCGUCACAGGAACUAGGGCAUAAAAUUUUUCUGAACUUCAGAAUUCUUACUGGAUAAAGGACAAUUAUCAUAGCAGGGAUUUAGAAGCUAGGCACGAUGUUGAAAAAAUAUACCAACCUGAAGGGUUAAAAAAAAUGACAAAUCCACAUUCAUUUGCAGUUAUUAUGUACAUAAUAACAAGGCUAGUUUAGUCGAAUCUAUGAACCACGCGACAAAUUCUCAUGUAAAUUUAAUUGAUUAUAUGAUAUGCUAGGAAUAACUUCUUUUAUUUUUUUUUA